UGGUUCAAAUAUUGACGCUGACUUGACGCUCGUCUACGCGCUAACGUCCAGACGGCUGAAGCACGAGUUCUCUUCUUUUGUGACUAAUCGAUCAAGUCUCGUCAUAUUCCGGUUCCAGGGGCCUGUGGGCGCGGAGGGUCUCUCUGCUCCACGAUGCCGGCCGCUGUUUGCGCCGCCGGACGUUUUAAUCGGUGAAAAACUCAAAAGAAAGGUGGAGUCGUCGCCUCUGCAGAUGUGGCCUCUGCUCAGGCUGCUGUUGAUGUGCGGCGGGACGCUCUGACGGCUGCGGCCUGCAGGCGUGACGGGACGUUGGCGCGCAUGGAGACCUCAGGAUAAAAGCCCACGCUGGUAUUUUUCUACUCGGAGCUUCUUUUUUUUUUUUAUUCGUGACCUUUUUGUAAGCGCCAUGAGCUCGGAGGGCUUCCAGUACCGAGCGCUGUACGACUACAAGAAGGAGCGCGAGGAGGACAUCGACCUGCGGGUGGGGGACAUGCUGCUGGUCAGCAGGGGGGCGCUACUCGCCCUCGGCUGCGUCGGGGGGGCCGAGGAGCGGCCCUCCGAGAUCGGCUGGCUGCCGGGGGUCAACGAGACCACGCAGGAGAAAGGCGACUUCCCGGGGACCUACGUGGAGUUCAUUGGUCGAAAGAGGAUGUCCCCGCCCACACCCAAGCCCCGCCCCCAAAGGCCGGGGUCCGCGGCGUCCGUGAGGAUGGACUCUGAGUCGGAGGGAUUCACGAUGCCGGACCUUCCCGAGCAGUUUGCACCUCCGGACUCGGCUCCGCCCCUCCUCACCCGACUGAUGGAGGCCAUCGAGGCCAAAGGUCUGGAGAACCUCGAUGUGUAUCGCGGUGUGACUGGAGGAGGACUGGACACCAGAGAGCUGGCCGACGCAGACCUGGAGCAGCUGGAGGUGUCGUCCCUGUGUGACGGAGUGAUCCGGUUCCUGCAGGAUCUGCCGGGUCCCGUCCUGCCGAGCUCGCUGCAGACCGACAUGAUCCACGCGGUGCAAGAGGUCCGUGACCUGGAGGAAUGUGCCCAGCUGCUGAGGAGCGUGGCCAGUUCGCCCAGUUUCCCCGCCCAGUACGGUCUGACGCUGCUCAGCGUGGUCCGCCACCUGGCCCGCCUCUGCCUGUACGGGUCCAGAACCCAGCUGAGCCCCCGGAGCCUGGCGGAGACCUUCAGCCCAUUUCUCUUCAGACCUCCUGCAGGGUUCGAGCCCAGUCUGGAUCCUCUGGUCCAGGUCCUGGAGGUUCUGAUCACCAGCGAGCUCAACAUGGUCCAGGCAGCACCAGCUUUGCCUCCUAAACCGAUCAAGUCUUCAUCUCCAGCUGCUUCCUGCAGCUUCAACAACAGCAUCUCCCUGCAGGACGCCGAGUGGUACUGGGGAGACAUCUCCAGAGAGGAAGUGAAUGAGAAGCUGAGGGACACGGCUGACGGUACGUUCCUGGUCCGAGACGCUUCCACUAAGAUGCACGGCGAUUACACUCUGACUCUCAGGAAAGGAGGCAACAACAAGCUGAUCAAGAUCUUUCACCGGGAGGGGAAAUACGGCUUCUCCGACCCGUUGACCUUCAGCUCGGUGGUGGAGCUGAUCAACCAUUACCGACACGAGUCCCUGGCCCAGUACAACCCCAAGCUGGACGUCAAGCUGCUGUACCCGGUCUCCAAACACCAGCAGGACCAGGUUGUGAAGGAGGACAGUAUCGAAGCUGUGGGGAAGAAGCUCCACGAGUAUCACCUGCAGUUCCAGGAGAAGAAUCGAGAGUACGACCGGCUGUACGAGGAGUACACGAGAACCUCACAGGAAAUCCAGAUGAAGAGGACGGCCAUUGAGGCCUUCAAUGAGACCAUAAAGAUCUUCGAGGAGCAGUGUCAGACUCAGGAGCGCUUCAGCAAAGAGUACAUCGAGAAGUUUCGGCGAGAGGGCAACGACAAGGAGAUCCAGAGGAUCAUUGAGAACUACGACAAGCUGAAGUCUCGGAUCAGUGAGAUCGUGGACAGCAAGCGGCACCUGGAGGUGGACCUGAAGAAACAGGCGGCCGACUACAGGGAGAUCGACAAGAAGAUGAACAGCAUCAAGCCGGACCUGAUUCAGCUCCGCAAGACCAGGGACCAGUACCUCAUGUGGCUGACUCAGAAGGGCGUCCGUCAGAGGAAGCUGAACGAGUGGCUCGGCCUGAAGAACGAAACCGUAGAGGACGAGUACAGCAUGGAAGAUGAGGAGGACCUUCCUCACCACGACGAGCGUCUGUGGCGUUUGGGGAACAUCAACCGGCUUCAGGCGGAGUCUCUGCUGCGCGGGAAGAGAGACGGAAGCUUCCUGGUCCGAGACAGCAGCAAGCCGGGCUGCUACGCCUGCUCCGUGGUCGUGGACGGUGAGGUGAAGCACUGCGUCAUCAACAAGACGAGCACCGGCUUCGGUUUCGCCGAGCCGUACAACCUGUACGGUUCCCUGAAGGAGCUGGUCCUCCACUACCAGCACACCUCGCUGGUCCAGCACAACGACUCGCUCAACGUCACGCUGGCCUUCCCCGUCUACAGCCAGCCGAGGCGCUGACCCGCCGGUCCCUCUGGGUCCAGCUCGGCAGGGAGGAGUUGUGAGGAGAAACGGUGAAGGUCUUCACGUGGAGCUUUAACUUCCUGUUUUAAGAAAAACACCCCUUUCUUUUGUCCUCCUCAAAGACGAGGAAGUUUGAUCAGACAGGUGAGAGGCAUUCAGGGACUGAAAGAAAGUUCGGAAAGUAAAUGUUCCCACCUCAUCAGAGUGUUGGUGGACAAUCCCGCGUGUAUCAUAUUAUUAAUAAUCAAUGACCUUGAGAAUAACAUGACGACAUGUUUGUUUACAAAAAGAUUCGCUAGCAAUCUCAAGAGAGGAGGAAGAAGAUGAUGAGGAAAAAUGUUUUUUAUACAAACUGAACACCACAGGUCCCUCAUGAACACCGUUGACCUGCGUGUGCGUCGCUACGGUUACCUAAGCCUCCAAAGUCGGAGGUCCACCUUUGACCCCCCCCCCCAACUCGAGGUCCAAUUUCUUCCGAUUUAUCGUGGCUUUGUUUCAUUUUGCCGCGUGGACGGUUGAUUCUUUAAUUCUUUUUUUUCUUUUAAAUAAACGCGUUUGCUUCAGCAUCAGAGAUGUUCAAACAUCUGCAUCCCGGCUGUUCCUCUCCGUUCUUCUGGACUCGUGGUCCAGGAGGCGGACGGUCCCAAGUAUUUCAACGUUUCUACACUACUACGCUUUUAUUUUCAAAUCCAAGGUUUUAUCUGUAUGUAAAUGUUUCAAGCUUUUCUAACUAUUCCAGAGAAAUUUUCUUUUUUGGGGGAUUUAUUGCAGACAAAUAUUCAUCUCCAGAUGUUUCUUUGUAUCAUUCAUUUGUGCAUUUUGUUGCUUUGUGAAUGACUUUUAUCUUUAACAGGAUCUUGAUGAAUGAAACCUUGUCUCAAGUUAAUAUAUUUUUGGAUUUAAUAAAAAUAUUUAAAUCUGCAGAAAAACAAUUUAUAUACAAAAAAUCCCGUUAAAUGCAUUGUUAUUUUUAAAAAUUUGAAAAAAUAAUUUGUUAUUCAAGAACUUUUAGGUUUGAUUUUCUUUUAAUAAUUGUUGACAUUAAACAUAAGAUCAAUGGGCCUCAUGUUGAGCCCUGAGGGACUCCAUACGUCUUUAACAAGACAAAGUCUCAAAUAUUUCAGUUAUGCGGCGUCUGCAAUUUAGUGUUUGUUUAAUUUCAGCACUAUUUUCGCUAAUUUAUUCACUUUUUUAUUUUGAGCUUUUUCAUUAAUAAAACGUUUCAGUCUCGUACAUAUUUAUUUUUAGGAAUGAUUUUUAUCACUCACUGAUCAUUAAGUUUCUAAUAAUAAAUGUCAGCAGAAAUCUUAUUUACAGUUUACAAACUUCUCAUUUCAGAUAUUUUUAAGCCGCACAACUCUAAACGUACUUUUGAAUAACUUGUAAAUCAUAUCAGAAUAUUCCAGGUUUUUGUUCCAUUUUUAAGGCUCAAUUGUGUCCUAAUUCCGUAAAAUAAACACACUUUUUUCUGUA